GUAUUUAUCUUAACAAAUCACAAAGGGUCAUUGAGUUUAUUUUUAACAAAUGUUAAAACUGAUAUCCAUUACCAUUUUGAAAUGCAUUUAGCACCUUUUUUAAAUUACAGCUACCUUUUUUGCAUGCAUAACAACGAACUGAACUCGUUCGUCUUUAGUCAAUGGCAACUUCUUUGAAUAUUUUGUCAGUUUGGGGUUCCUCUAAAAAUCAAUCGUCUAUAUAUAUUUCAGAGACAUUUAAUGCAGAUCACUUAUCGGUUCAUGGACUUAAUUUGAUUCAUUUUGAAGAUAAUUCAGUCUCACGUGUGUUGGGAUGCCAGUCCGGAUGGGAGGAUUAAUUGUGGAUGUGUUGACUGCGUUGCUGUGGCAGGGCCCAACCACGACUGUGGCAGCUGGAGCAGAGGACACCUCGUCCGGUAACGACCUCACGGUCUUGGCCCCCACCUCGUCCAACGAGGUGCUGGUGGCGGCCGACGAGUGGCUCAACACGCAACCCAGCUGCCUUCGCCAUGGCUGGCCUGAACCCUCCCUGGUGCCAGCUACAGCACGCGAUAACAUCAGCGUGUCUGUGCUGCCUGCACCCCAAGAUGGCGACCCCCGCGAGGGAUCCCGCGGGGCUGUGCCCGGGACCCCCUCCCCGGAUGAAGCCCGAGGCACGGCGCGGGUCGCCGUGCCGGAGCUGACGGGAGCCGCGCAGGCGGCGGCGGGGCCGCUAAACCAACCACAACGCUGGGAGUACACUGGGGACCCAACCAUGACUGUGGCGUGCGGAGCAGAGGGCACCUCGUCCGGCAACGACCUCACGGUCUUGGCCCCCACCUCGUCCAACGAGGUGCUGGCGGCGGCCGACGAGAGGCUCUGCUCCCAACCCAGCUGCCUUCCCCAUGGCCUGCCGGAACCCUCCCCGGUGCCAGCCACAGCACGAGAAAACAUCAGCGUGUCUGUGCUGCCUGCAUCCCAAGAUGAUGACCCCCGCGAGGGAUCCCGCGGGGCUGUGCCCGGGACCCCCUCCCCGGAUGAAGCCCGAGGCGCGGCGCGGGUCGCCGUGCCGGAGCUGACGGGAGCCGCGCAGGCGGCGGACCCAACCACGACUGUGGCGUGCGGAGCAGAGGGCACCUCGUCCGGCAACGACCUCACGGUCUUGGCCCCCACCUCGUCCAACGAGGUGCUGGUGGCGGCCGACGAGAGGCUCUGCGCCCAACCCAGCUACCUUCCCCAUGGCCGGCCGGACCCCUUCCCAGUGCCAGCCACAGAGAACAUCAGCGUGCCUGUGCUGCCUGCACCCCAAGAGGAGGACGACGGCAUUCCGGCGGCACGGCUCUCGUUGUUUGCGCCGGAGCGGCUGAACCUCCGGUGGGAGAGCGACGUGGGCAAGGGUGCCGGCCUGCGCAACCUGGGGAACACCUGCUUCCUCAACGCCACGCUGCAGUGCCUCGCCUACACGCCGCCGCUCGCCAACUACCUGCUGCUGCAAGAGCACUGCAGCACCUGCCAACGGAGCGACUUUUGCCUGAUGUGCGUCAUGGAGCGUCACGUCGUCAGCACGUUCAACAACUCGCAGACAGUUCUGACACCCAAGGUCAUCACUAACAACAUCACGCGCAUCGCCAAACACCUGCGCAUUGGGAGACAGGAAGAUGCCCACGAGUUUCUGCGAUACGUGGUCGAUGCCAUGCAAGCCUCAUGCCUCUAUGGCCACAGCGAGCUGGACAGAUACACGGAGGCUACCACCCUCAUUUACCAGAUCUUCGGGGGUUACCUUCGUUCACGUGGUAAGUUUUGCGCACUCCUCUAGAAACUUGUUAACCGCGAACAGUAAGUGCACCAUCACAGUGUAGACCUGCUCGCGUUGCAGCAUUUACACUCACACACGUGCCACACGGAAUAACCUUUUACCAGUUGGUGAAAAGUAGCGAUUACCUAUGUCAGUGGGGAGCGUGCAUUUAGUUUGACUAAGACACAUGUGACGUCCCUCCCUAAUGUGUGUUUGCUUUGCAGUGGAGUGCAUGCAGUGCUGCAAUGACUCCAACACCUACGACACAUGCCUGGACAUCGCACUCUAUAUUAAUGUAAGCAAUGAGAAAACCAUUUCUUAACAGUUAUACAUGUACAUACGGUGCGAAGGAGGUUCAACAUGCACACAUCAACAACAACCGCCAUUCGCCACUAAAUGGCGAUGAUGUCACCAUGGCACUUGUGCUAGGCUGAGUGCACUUUAAGGCCAUGUGAAGUGUCGAACGCCUGCUGGCAGGUCACGGGACAGACCCAGGUGCCAUGGAUUGACUGAAUGAGAUGACUGGCUGAUGUACUACCUGUGCCCCCUUCUGUGCCAACAUACAUCACGCAGACACAUCGAUCAGCCACUUAACAUCCAAACACACUGCCAGUACCGUGCAUCAUCUCGUUUAUUGCGGUCGUACGAUUUAAUACAAGAUGCGGAUUUUCGGAGUUGCCGUCACAAUACAAUGUUUAUGGAAUGCUUCUUAAGGGUCUUCAUUUGCCUUUC